CUUCUUAUCUUAUGUCAUGGUUAAUUUCCAGUGGCUUGGCGGUUAGCGGCCGGUCAAGAAUAUCUCAAAGUUUUGCAUCGAGUUAGAGUUUUAAAAGAAAACGAUGGGUCAGCACGUCUCUCGAACGGAUUUCGAGUGGGUUUACACGGAAGAACCUCACGCCAGUCGCCGAAAGAUUAUUCUAGAAAAGUAUCCACAGAUCAAAAAACUAUUUGGAUAUGAUCCCAAUUUCAAAUGGGUUGUGACAGCGAUGGUACUAGUUCAAUUUGCAUCAAUGUUUGUGGUGAAAGACCUAAGUUAUCCGGUAUUAUUUUUGAUGGCUUACUGUUUCGGGGGAGUAAUUAAUCAUUCUUUGAUGUUGGCUAUACAUGAAAUAGCCCAUAAUCUCGCGUUUGGUCAUGGAAGACCAAUGGCUAACAGAUUAUUCGGCUUCUUUGCAAAUUUGCCGAUUGUUAUACCUAUAUCUGUUAGUUUUAAAAAAUAUCAUCUUGAACAUCAUCGGUACCAAGGUGAUGAAAAGUUGGAUACCGACUUGCCAACAUUAUUAGAAGCAAAAUUAUUUUGCACAACGUUUGGAAAGUUUUGUUGGGUCUGUCUUCAACCAUUCUUUUAUUCUUUUCGACCCUUGGUUACUUAUCCGAAACCACCAUCGACUCUAGAAUAUGUAAAUUUGGCCAUUCAAUUGACUUUUGAUGUAAUUGUAUGGUACUUCUUUGGUCCUAAAGUAUUAAUAUAUUUACUCUGCGGUGGUUUAAUGGCGAUGGGAUUACAUCCUGUAGCUGGUCACUUUAUAUCUGAACAUUACAUGUAUAAAAAGGGUUUUGAAACCUACAGUUAUUAUGGCCCGUUAAACUUUAUCACAUUUAAUGUUGGAUACCAUAAUGAACAUCAUGAUUUUCCUGCAGUUCCCGGUUCUCGACUACCAGAAGUAAGAAAAAUAGCCUCUGAAUUCUAUGAGGAUCUACCUCAGCACAAUUCGUGGACAGCAGUUCUAUACGACUUUGUAAUGGAUCCUGACAUUGGGCCAUACGCCCGUAUCAAACGUAAGCACAGAGGCCUAGCCUCGUAAGAAAAGAUUAAGUAUUGAAAUUGUACAGGUACUCCUAUCGAGUGUAAAGUCAGUGAUAACGGGAGUGUUCACUAUUCUUAUCUGAAUAGGUGAAAAUACCAGUUUAGUAUAUUUUAUACUAUAUAUGCCAGCAAAGCUUGAUCUUUAGCAAGAGUCUGAUAUGGUAAAGACUGACCAUAUCUGUGUACAUCGUUUCAAGCCUUACUGACUGCGGGAUAUUUAGUUUCCUGUCAUAAUAAGGGGAACAAUUGUAACAUAAAUUACGCAUACUUUUUAUUGCAAUACCAAUUUUAUGCUUGAGAAUUUCCCUAAGUGGAAUUGCUUUGAAGUUUUGAGAUCACUUUGCGUCAAAUGCACAAAAACUUAAAACUGUGAAUGAUACUGAGCACCGAACAUUUCCUAAACGCUACUCUAAGAUCUAGUCAUUCCCUCGACUUCUGUACACAGAUGUAAUUAUUUUUCAGUUACGAAGGUACUGUUAUUUGUUGCUUAACAUCGUUUGCUAUAGUUUACGUACAACAAACGUUUUGCCUGUAUAGUUACGCUUUCAGUAUUUUUGAUCUUUACAGCCAUUGAUGUCACAUUUUAUGUCACAAUCAUGAUUAGCAGUAAUUUCUUGUGUACCAAAAAACUGGUUUUCACAAAAGACACUAUAUUUUUCUAUACGCUUAAGGCUACUUUUUCUGCCAUAAGAAUCUGCGUGUACCAAAUGACGUAUAGAUAUUACAGUAAACUGUAUAAUUAAAUCUAAUAAAUAUUUGUGUAUUGCAGCAUAUGAUAAAAGUAAUUAAAUCCUAAUGUUAACGAA